GGAUGUUACGAUUCAUCGAUACUGCGCUGGGAGAGAGAGGGGGAGAGGGAGAGAGAGCGAAAGGGAGAUGGAGCGAGAGGAGAGAGAGGCAAAAGGAGAGAGAGGCACAUACGACGCGAGAGAGGAAAAGAAAGGGAGAGAGAAAUAGAGAGAGAAUGUAUGGUGAAAAGGUAGAGCUUCCUUGCUUAUUGUCAGGGCCUCUGUAAAAAAAACAUGGGAUGUAUCGGCUCCAGGACACUCACGGCGGACGGAGUUCCAGUACAGAAGGAUGGGGAACAGCAUGGCCGUACAGACUUUUCAUGGGAAGGAAUCAAUCUUUCUAUGGAGGACACCACCUCCAUCCUUCCUCGCCUGAAGCGAAACUCCAACGCCUAUGGGAUUGGUGCUCUGGCUAAGUCCUCUCUGACAGGUGUGUCAGGUGUGACGCGUUCCAUGAAGGACAAAGUGACCAAGCCCACUGCCAUGGCACAGGGUCGUGUCGCCCACAUGAUCGAAUGGCAGAGCUGGGGCAUGCAGACCAUCGGGGCGGGGGGGAGCGCCGGCCGCACCCACCUGAACCGGGAGCGAGAGCGCGAGAGGAAGCUGGAGAAUGACGCCUAUAGUGACCUGAGCGAUGGCGAGAAGGAGGCUCGUUUUGCAGCCGGAGUGAUGCAGCAGUUUGCCAUCUCAGAAGCUACCCUACUGGCUUGGACCUCCAUGGACGGGGAGAGCUUAAGUGCCGGUUCCAACCAGGGCAGUGUAGCUCACCUCAGCGAGGUCAACCAGGAGAGCAUCACCAGCAGAGACCAGAUCCUUCACCACUCCUCUGCCGAGGUCUGGCCGCACACGUACGUCUCGCAAGGUCUCUACUGUCUCUCCUCCUCUGACGCCUGGGAGCCGAUUAGCAACGAGCCGUCAGGAGUGGCCUCCCCGGCUGCUGGCUCUUACGUCAUGGCGGCUGGACCCGAAGGGUACGAGGGCAGCACUGCGCACUAUCUGACACAUCAGCAACAGCAGCAGUUCAACUUACAGCAGAGCCAAUUGCAGCAAAUACAGCAGCUGCAGCAAAUACAGCACUACCAGCAACAGCAACUGCUGCAGUAUCAGCAACAACAGUCCCUGGAACACAGGCUACACAGCGCUACACACUCCCUGCAAGCCACACCCAACAGCACCAUCCAUAGUCUGGCUCCGCCCUCCCACCCCCCAUUGGUCGACUUGUGGGGAGCAGGGCAGAUUGAGGCCUAUCAGGGCGAAGUUGGCGGGUAUGUGGGUGUGUCAGCAGGCGAAGGGGGUUUGGCAGUGACUGGAGUCGAAGAGAGUACAACAGAGAACGAACCACUACUAGAGCAACAGGAAGAGGAGGAGAUCAAGGAAGAAGAAAUUACGUUAUGUAUGGAGCCUGAAGCUAUAACCUUGACCCCACUUGCGCCAAGAGAGGAGCCUUCCAGUACUGGAGGAAGCAGCCCAGGGCAGGCACCCGGGGAGCCAAUCACAGAGCGGAAACCCUCUGAUGUCACUUCCUGUGUCAGUCAGCCCUUGGAGGAAAAGGAUGAAGAGUUGGAGGAAGCAUCAGUAGCAAUUGCGGCAAACUAAUUGAGUGGUGUGAGACAUCUAUCUCCAUGAUGAUUCCCUGUGAUGUUGGUGAUUGUUUUAAAGACAAUUUUCAUGGAAGGAAGAACAAAGAGCGGAGAGAAAAUACUGAACGAAGGACAAACAUUUAAUGGAAGCCGGAUGUCAUUGAAUAGUAAGCGUUCCCCGAGAGAGUGAAGAGUGGAGGAGAUGGAGAGAGAGUGACAGAGGGACUGUACCUGAAUCAGGGAACAGAGAGCAAUAGAAAACGAAACAAGAAACCAAAAGAUAGAUAUGUGCAUGCUUUUUACAAUGAUGCAAUUGACUGAACUCCAUCAUCAGCGCAUAAUAUACAUAUAAAUAUAACAGUCAUAAUUAAUAAUUAUUAUAAUACUUUUUUAAAAUAAAACAAAAAUACCAUAUAAUGAGUCAUGUAUAUGUGUAUAAAAAUAUAUACUUUAGAACACUAACACGAUUUUUGAAUAAUUCCAAAUCUCGAAUAUCCAAUUCAAGAUAAGAUAUGAUAAAUGUUUGUAGAUCAUCUUCCAGAACAUGUACACGGCACUUGGCUCCCCAAAUAAUUUGUGUUACUGCCCACUUAUCUGCAAAGCGGUUUCCAUACAUGUAACUCUCAGUCACAAAAAUACAGGCAACACACACACACACACACACACACACACACACACACACACACACACACACACACACACACAAAAAGAAGCACUCAGUAACACGGAUGAAACAGUUUUAAUCAAGUGUGUGAAUUCCCUAAAUUAGCACAUUGUGGUUAAAAACAUCAUUGAUAAAAUGAAUCAGGGCAAGUUUUCUUUAGACCUGGUCAGUUUAGUGCAGCCCAUUCCGAAUGAGUCCAAUAAAAAAAACGUACUAUUUGUUAAUAUCUUGUUAUCUUGUUGGCACUAUACUGGACGGGACUGUACUUUACUGCACAAUGUGUUAUUUGCACAUUGUCUGAUACUGAAUGUGUUUCUAUUGCAUGCAUGCUUUGCUGGACAGUGCGUAACAGUACUGUGCAACACAGUAUAAAACUGCACUGAACUGUAGUGUAAUGAAUAUGAAAUGCUCUGAACAUCGUUUCCUUCAUACCGUACUUUGCUGGUGAGUCAGAGAGAGAACAAGGAAGAAACUUUGCACUUACGCUGGACAAAGCGGGCAAGGAUCCACGUGGAACAAGACUCUGAUGGUCUUUGUUUUGUCUUCUGCAAAACUCUGGGAGCACCAAGAACCAGAAGCUGUUCGACAGCCAGACACAAACCCUGGGAACUAAAUGAACUAUUUUGCCGCAAAGCUGCUCUAAACAAGGACAUCACGAGGAAACAUUUGGGAUUUCGGUGCCGGGUCAUGGACGUGGACUGAGAUGGAACAAGUCAGGAUCUCCCUACUUCAAUGAGGCAUUGGGCUUAAGGACAUUUACCUAUAAAAUGAAAUUAUUAUUCAGCGUGAGAGAAACUGUGGGGGCAGUAUUGAUUUUAGGGAAAAUAAAUCGAAAUUGUAACAGAUUUGCGGGAAAAUGUUUUAAAGGGCUCGUGGCCACUCUAUCAUAUAGAUGUAAAUAUUGCACACACGAACAAUCACAGCUUCUGUCACUUUGAAUUAUGUUCCUGAGCUUUUACAAUGAUUUAUUUAUUUUUGUACUAUCUCACGGUCUGAACUCUUGUUCGGGAGAAUCCCGUCUCUUAAUUGUGCUGCCAGUGGAGGGGAAAAUGGGUAAGGAUUUUAAUAGCAGCUUGCCUGAUUAUGUGAAUGGGAAUAUUAAUAAUAAUUAUUAUUAUAUGCACCACAGUUAAAUCCAGAAGCAGCACCAAAUUGCCCUUGCUUCGUUUGUGGAUUUUCUGCGAUGGGACAGUGCUUGUCUUGUCCAUUGAGUAUGUAUGAGUAUGGGCACCUCAGAAGCCAGAAUGGCUGAUUUCUUACACAGGUUUCCUGAUGUGCAUGAACCAUAAACAAGAAUGAUGAUGAAUAUAAUCAUUUUAACUGAGAACCACCUUUAUUGCUCUGGAUGAUUGUCUGGGAAACGCAAAGUCACUCUUACUUGAACUGAAUAAUUUAUUGAUUGUCUAUUUAUGCAAUGUUGUGACUUUUUUUAUAACAGAAAUUUCAGUACUCCGACCCAGAUUUGGCAGAAUAUAUAUCAUUUUAGUUUCCCUGUUCGUUGUAGAGCACAAAAAACAUUGUAGAAUACAACAGACAGCUGCAAUCUGUCUUUGAUACUCUUAUGUUGAACAUUUGUACUCCACUGCAUCAAACUGGGACCAAGUUUGAUAUACAUUCAAACAGGAAAACUGCAAAAAAAAUGAUAGAUAUUCCUUUAUUUAUUUCUGGGUGAUUUGGGGUGAACCAACUUUAAUUUGUGUAGACCAUCUUCGUUUGUCCUACAAGAGAUUUUGCCUCUCCAUAGAAACAGACAAAAAUAUACUUAGCUUUUUUUCGAA